AUUUUAUUUAUUUUUUUAUUUUUUAUCCAUAUAAAAACCGGGAAAUUUUCAGCUUUGGCCUUCUAUUAUUAUCCAGGAUGAUAAAAGGACUUAAGGGAGUUCUUUCUAGAAAUAAAUCACACAAUAAAGAGAAAUUAGCGAAAUCACACGAUGUUAAUAAUAAUAAUAAUAAUAAGACCCGUUCUUCUUCAAUACGUCUGUCAUUUAGUAAAUCUCAGCCAGAACAAAUAAAAUCAGACGAUGUUACGAACCGAUCAGCAAAAGUGACAAACAAGAUAUUAAAUGAUACACCUAAAGAUGAAAUACCCCUUCGUACACCGCGUCGUCAACGUUCUUCAAGGAUUAAUCUGCCCACUUUGCAACAGCAUCACUUGGAAAAGAAUCUUCGUUUCACUGAGGUCCCACCUUCAAAACGUCAAGAAUUAUUUAUAUUAAAAUUACAACAAUGUCAAAUCAUUUUUGAUUUUAAUGACUCUACUUCAGAAUUGAGAAAUAAAGAAAUAAAACGGCAAGAAUUACAGGAAAUGUUGGAAUAUAUAUCUACUUCCAAAGAGGCUAUUUCAGAUGCAAUCUAUCCUCAUUUUAUUCAAAUGUUUACUGUAAAUGCUUUUCGUACAAUAUCACCACCACCACUACAAAUGUCAAAUACUUUCCAAGAAAACUAUGAUCCAGAAAGUGAUGAUUCUGCUUUAGAAACAACAUGGCCACAUCUACAACUUGUUUAUGAACUAUUUUUAAGAUUUCUUGAAUCACCUAAAUUCAAUCCUCAUAUUGCUAAAAAAUUCAUCAAUGAAAAGUUUAUUCUUCAGUUGCUCGAAUUAUUUGACAGUGAAGAUCCCCGUGAACGUGACUUUCUUAAAACAAUUCUUCAUCGUAUCUAUGGCAAAAUCCUCGGAUUACGUGCAUUUAUUCGACGUUCCAUAAAUCAUAUCUUUUUCCAGUUCAUUUAUGAAACUUUUCGCUUUAAUGGUAUCUCUGAACUUUUGGAGAUUUUGGGCAGUAUUAUUAAUGGAUUUGCUUUACCACUUAAAGAAGAACACAAAACAUUUCUUUUAAAAGUCUUGAUACCAUUACAUACAUCACCUUCAUUGGCCAGUUAUGGUCCCCAACUAACCUAUUGUGUUGUACAGUUUCUUGAGAAGGAACCUCAGUUAGCUUCAGGCGUAAUUAGAGGGCUCUUGCGCUAUUGGCCUAAAUUAAAUAGCUCCAAGGAAGUAUUAUUUUUGACAGAACUCGAGGAAAUUAUCAUGACUGUGAAUGAAGAUGCCUUGUUAGAAGUCAUGAUUCCCUUUUUCACAAAGCUGGCAAAUUGUGUUGAUAGUUGUCAUUUUCAAGUAGCAGAACGGGCACUCUAUUUCUAUACCUAUGAAGAUGUGAUACAAGUGAUACAUGAUUAUAGUAAAGUUAUUAUGCCUAUCAUCUUCCCAUCAUUAUAUCAAAAGACAGAUCACUGGAAUCAAGCCAUCUAUGGACUUGUGUAUAAUGCACUUGAACUACUGGAAAAAAUAAACAGUGAAUUAUUUGAUCAGUUAGUAGAAAAAUUUCAUCAAGAAGAAUUAGAGAAUGUAAAAAUAAAGCAUAUCGAGGAUAGAACUUCAGUAUGGAAGACACUAAAUCAGCAGAUCAUACAUCAUAAGAAUGUAAUGAUAAAUGAUAAUAUAAAUUCAACUGUCAGUAUUAUAUCUUCUUCUCAUCUUCAUGAUUCCCGUAAAGAUAAAAUUCAAGAUACUCAAGAUAAUUCAGAUAGUGAAGAUUCUUGGCAUAAUAUAUAAUAAUAAUAAUAAAGAAGACAUUUUAUGUGUUUAAAAAAAAAAAGAGGGGGAGGGAUAAAAAUUAAAAGGCAGUCAGCAAACAGAAUAAAG